CACUAAACGUGUGGAAUGUAGCAAAUCUUCAAAUGAAAACUAAUUAUUGGUAUUCUACUUUAAUUGGAAUGAUUUUGUGGAAUAUGACUAAGAAACUUGACUUCAAGAAAAAAGACGAUGUGAGUACUUCAUAUCACUUUUUGCCAGAAAUUGCUUCUAGUUUGUGUUCAUUUGAUUCUCAUAGCGAAGGUUUCGCUCAUAGCCGUGAGCAGGCAAUUGAAAUAUUCAUUCGCAAAGAACAAAAAGCUUUAGGUGACGAGUUUUACGCUUCAAGAAAAGAAAGAUUCACUAUAUUUAAACAGGCUUUUGACAUGUUAAUUGAAGAAAGCGCAAACUUUAAGUCGCUUUUGGCGGAAAUCAACGAAGAAUAUUGUGUUGUCUUGAAAACUGUAGAAAAGGGGGAAAAACAAAGAAACGUAAUUUCUAGGGAAUUGAUGUUUUCCGUUAAUGAAAACUACGAAAAAAUAGUUAAUGAACUUAAAUCUAAAGUGAAACGUCUUAGAGAGGACAAUUUAAAAAAGAAAACUCGGUUCCAUAAAAUAAAAAAUUUCCAAAAAGGCCAAGUGAACCAUGUUAGAAGCCCCGCUGACCAUAAAAUUAUAAAAAAAAAUAUCUUGCUGCCUGGUUUAAAUUUGGCUGAACAAACAGAUAUCAAUAGUUUGUCCACUUGUCUUGCUAAAUUGCAAGAUGAGGUGAAAGAUAUGAAUGAGAAAUUAAACACCAAGUUUCUGCCAAAAGAGAGGAAAAAAAUGCUGGAACAAAAUCUGAGAGCUAGAGAAAAAUCCAAGAGUCAUAUCAAAAGAUACAACAAAAUCUUGAGACAUAAACUUUGGCAACUAACCACUGCUGUUGAGGUAGCAAAAUCACACAUUCUUGCCUCAGAAAAUGGUCCAAAUAAAGACCUUGCCAAUGUCAUUUUGAAAGCACUAAAUGAUAAUGAAAAACUAGAUCCUUUAAGGGAAUUUGAUCCUUUAAAAAAUCAGGUGUUAGCAGAUGAAGAUGAUCCCUUGAAGAAGAAGGAAUCUGAAAAACUUAUAUCCUAUGUUGAGCAUUUUCAUAAUCUUCUUGAAUUCUCACAGUUUGAAGCUGCAGCUGUUCAUGCUGCAGCUUCACCAAUGGCAAUAUUACGCACACCUCAAGCAAUGCAAAAAUUUAAAGAAGCUGAACAUCAUACAGAAUCCAAAUCACCUUUGUUUCUUUAUUGCGAAGCUCUAAUGUCUACCACUGCCAUAACUGAUUCGAAAACAAAUUUCAAGUUACCAGCUAAUAUGUCCUUAGAAUGUAUUGCAUGUGCUUUGAAUGAGAGUGGGAUAAAUCUAGCUGCUCAUUGGCUUUGCAAUCCUUGUAUUGAGGGUUCAUUACCUUUGGCUGACUUGUUUGUCAAUUGGUGCAAAUGUGUUGGAAAUUGUGUUUGUCAAUGUCAGGCAAUUGCAGAAGGAAUUUAUUUUAAGCUCAUGGCUCACGAAAAUGUUGCAUGUACCUUAGCAAAACAAGGAAAAUAUCAUGCAAUUAUUGAAUAUGGGAAAACUUACGGAGAUUUCAAAGUAUCUCACUACAAGGCUCUCCUGGCAUCAAAUCUCUCUUUAUCUUGUACCACUAUUUUACUUCAAUCCAAUAUUAACAGCCCAAAAUUUAGUUGCGGACUGUCAUUUUGUUCCAUUGUUAAUGUGCUACUUGCCAACGAUGAAGAGGUUCUGAGUUCCUUUCUUCAAAAUAUUUAUUUGAAUGGUAUUCGUGACUCUACAAAUAAAUGGUAUUCAUUACACGAUCUUAUAUUCAUGGAAAAAUAUUCCGAUGAAAUGACAAAUGAAAAGUGGCGACGAGUAAUUGAAUUUUCUUGUUUCAAAAAUGGUUCCAUUAUUGCCACCGAGAUUUUGAGUAUUUUGCUAGUAAGGGAAGCUUUGAGUCAUGCUUCAAUUUCAUGCUCAAUGGAUUACAUAUCUUGAACUUACAAGGCCAUUGAAAAGCUAAAAUGGAUGAUUUGAAAAAAGCUAUAUCGUGAAUUAGAAAAAAGAUCUGCAAUGGGAAGUUUGCGUAUUCCACAUUCCAUUUUCAAAGUUGAGCUAAGUCAGAUGCUUAUUAAAGGUAUGCGCUCAAUCUAUGCAGCUCAGACUUAAAAACGACAUGUAACCUGUCCUGGCUGAGAGAUAUAAUAUGACUGCUGCUUGUGAACGUGAAAAACAUGUUAUAAUUCACGGUACAACUCUGGUAAAGUAUGUUCUCGACAAGUAAUUAAGGAUAAUUUUGCCAAAUAAUCCAAAUUUCAUGUAACUUACCUCAUGCUGCACGUACCUAAAAGGGCAGUUUUUAUGUUAAAUUUAGUGUUGGGGGCGUGCCCUACUUCCUACGCCACUGUUCUCUUGGUCACUUCCUGAAUGAAUAUUGUUCAAAUUCAUAAGCCGAAGUUGGUUAUAGAUAUUACAAAUAAAGAAUUAUGGAAACGUAGUUAAAAGCGCAUGAUUGUAAUUGAAAUGCUGUUUGGCUGUUUGACUGAAGUAAAAUUUUGAAAAAUGUCGUAAA